UUGAACCAAAGGGAUAGAAUACAUACAUAGAUAUAAUCAUGAAGAGGAGCAAGCUUGCUCUGCUAAUCAUAAAAUAUAUUCAUUUAAUAAAUUAAAGAGUAAAAGGAAAUCAAUGGCUUUUUUCGAGAAUCACUUUUUCUUCUUAAUUUUAUUUUAGUCUAUUCUUUAUACUCUUCAAUUUCUAUAUAUAAACACAUGCUACACUUUCUUUUUUCCGGUGAGAAUAUUCCGGUCAGUACACAGAAUUCCCUCACCGGAAAAUGGACGAGUCAUGGAGAACACCAAUGGGAUUAACGUCUGCACUUCCUCGCCGGCGAUCAAUGGAACACCGAUCAUCUUCCCGGUCCAUCUUCUCCAACACCAGCGUCUCCGUGACGGAAGCCUUGGACGCUGAGGAUUUCGCCGACGUCUUCGGAGGUCCACCUAGAAGCCUUCUCACGCAUAAGUUCUCCAGGUCAGGUUCUUUCUACGAGGAAAUUUUCAAGCAACCGGUGUUUGGACCGCCGGCGGCGGCCAAGAAUGGCCGGAGCUUGCCGGUGUUUAGGAUCCCGGCGCAAGAUGACGCGUUUUAUGGAGAUAUUUUCGGGUCGGAUGAUGACCGGAGAUCAAGAGAACGGUCAGGGUCUCAGUCCAAUGCGAAAUCGAAGUCGAAUUCUUCGUCGGCGUUAAGUUCUGAGGAGCUGAGCCCUCUCCGGCAAGAGAUCGGUGAUGACGUGGCACUUUCAGACUUUGCUUCAAAGCUCAGGCCAAUCAAAGUCCCAUAUAAAUGGAACUCAUCUACUGUGACACAUGAGGAACAGCCAAUUAAACAGAAGAGGCCACUUUUUCCAUGUCAGGAUAAUGGGUACUCAAGAAGAGUCACAUCCCCAGAAACAAUUAGUGCUGAACCCAAUUCAUAUCAAAGCAUCAAACUAUCCACAUAUGACUGGGAGCUCAGUCCCCCAUUUUCCGCUAUCUCUGGAGUUUGUCUAGAACCCGAGUCAAAGUAUUCUGUUCAUGAUCACGUGCUUCCGGAACUAGUUAUUGACCGUGACGAUGACGAGGAGGAUGAUGAUGAAGUUAUGAGCUCCUAUGUUAUAGAGAUUAACUCUAGUUUUAGAGAGGAAAAAUGCGGAACAGAAGCCAUUGAUGAUGCAAUUGCAUGGGCUAAAGAGAAGUUUCACUCGCGAACUAAUGAAGAAUCGAGUUUGAGAGAUGAUGGCAAUGAAAAAAACACUGGAAUGGGAGGAAGGCCUUGUGCAGGCGAAUACCAUGACGGAAUUGUAAUAGUCGAAUCUCCAGAGAAAGUACCGACAGAAACAGAGAAGUUAGACAGAGAUAUAAGAUUGUGGUCAUCUGACAAGGAAACCGACAUCAGGCAACUGCUUUCGACACUACAUCAUAUUCUGUGGCCUGAGAGUGGCUGGUCUGCUACUGCUUAUAUGAGCCUAAUAGAAAACUCGCAAGUGAAGAAAGCCUAUCAGAAAGCAAGAUUAUGCCUCCACCCUGACAAACUUCAGCAAAGAGGAGCAACUCCAUGGCAGAAGUACGUAGCAGAGAAGGCUUUCUCGAUUCUUCAGGAUGCAUGGACAGCAUUUCUUUCUGAAGAAUUUUCCUUCUAAACAGAAAAUCAUUCGAAAAGCCGGAUAACUCAGUUUUGGUUUAAAGCUUGGGAUGAGACCUAACACCAGGCAUUCCGAAUAAUGGAAGUGUUGGUUUCCAUGCAGCAAGUACAUUAGUUUUGAAAACAACUCCUUUUGUAUAAAUAGUUGUCUAAUGCAGCAGAUUCUACUGUUUUUUUUUUCUCUUUCUGUUUGUAUCAUAAGUUGUUGAUGCUUUUGUAAGUAUUUAAGAGAAAGUAAUUUGAUUUCGGUUUUAAAUCA